AGGAAUCACUGAACGCGCAUGUUGGGAGGCCACGACUCUUUCUCAGUUUCAGAGCUCAUCGGUUUCCUUCAUCAUGGCUGUCAGAGCAUCAUUUGAGAAAAACAAUGAGAUCGGCUGCUUCGCCAAACUCACCAACUCUUACUGCCUGGUGGCCGUCGGCGGCUCGGAGAACUUCUACAGUGUGUUUGAAGGAGAAUUGUCAGAAACUAUCCCAGUGGUUCACGCUUCCAUCGCAGGCUGUCGCAUCAUCGGGAGGAUGUGUGUAGGCAACCGUCACGGUCUGAUGGUGCCCAACAACACGACGGACCAGGAGCUGCAGCACAUCAGGAACUGUCUGCCCGACUCCGUGAGGAUCCAGAGAGUCGAGGAGAGACUGUCAGCGCUCGGCAACGUCAUCGCCUGCAACGACUACGUAGCGCUCGUCCAUCCCGACCUGGACAGGGAGACAGAGGAGAUGCUGGCAGACACUCUGAAGGUGGAGGUUUUCCGUCAGACGGUAGCAGAGCAGGUCCUGGUCGGCUCAUACUGCGCGUUCAGUAACCAGGGCGGCCUCGUCCACCCGAAGACGUCCAUAGAAGACCAGGACGAGCUGUCGUCUCUGCUACAGGUCCCCCUGGUGGCCGGCACAGUGAACCGUGGCAGUGAGGUCAUCGCGGCGGGGAUGGUGGUCAACGAUUGGUGUGCGUUCUGCGGGCUGGACACCACGAGUACCGAGCUGUCCGUCAUCGAGAGCGUCUUCAGACUGAGCGACACGGCACAACCAUCCGCCAUCGCCACCAGCAUGAGAGACUCACUGAUCGACAGCAUGGCCUAAACCAUCACACCAGUGUCCUGCUGCUGAAGAGCUCUGCUGCUGGUUCUCCUGGUCGGACCUCAACUUCAAACACCUCCUCUCUCUGAAGUCACACCUGCAACAAUAAUCAUUUUCUACCUUUUUUUUUUUCUUUUUAAACAUUCGGUUUAAUCUUUUCGGUUCAGUAAUUUUCGUUUUGUGACCUCAGUGACGUUUGGGAUCAUCUGUCUUCACAGCUGUUACAGUUUCAGCUGUGAAUCCACCUCCUGGUCUCUGACUCAGACCAGGAGAGGUGCUGAGGAGUUUAAUGUGGAGGGAAAGCAGCAGAUUUAGAUUUAAAAGGUUUUCUCAGUUUGGAUAUUAUACAAAGUGACCAGAGCUGUGCUAAAAAUGAUUAAAACUGUUUCUGUGCCUGUUACCUAAACUGUAUUUGUAGGAGUCUUCGUGCUCUGGAUGUGAAACUCCCAGAAGCUCCGGUGGCUCUCGAUGACUGACGCUAUCUCAGCUGUUUGUUGCUUUAGUCGCUUUAGAGUCAGACAGGAAACAUGUUUUAGGUUCCUCCAGCUGGGAGAGAAUCCCUGAAACAGACUCACAUCUUUACAUUUUUCAACCGCUGGCUGCUUUGAUAUUAUUAGGAACAUUAUCGAAGGUUUACGAGUGAGACUUUAAACUGUAACAGUAAAUAUACACACAGGUAGAGUGAUUUCAGUGUCUGUCAUGUGUAAAAGUCUGAAGCAGAGAGGGAUGUUUUGUUUUUUUCCUCAAACUGUUGAAUGAGAUUCAGAUUGUGUAACAUUGAAGACUCUGGAUAAUUUUUACUUCAGUCUAACAGAUCAAAGCUUUCCUCUAAAAAACACAUGGAGGAUAUUUCUGAAUACGUUAUGUCUGUCCUGUAAAAUAAAAUAAAUCUCCCUCUU